AUGUUGAUCAACAUGCAGUUGUCUGAUUUGCUUCUUCGCUCCUCCUUGAAACUCCUCCUGCGGUGGAGGCCCCGUGAUGAGAAUCAGUACGCAGACCAGCUGACGAACGAGAUUUUCACCAACUUCUCCGACAAACAUCGCAUUGCAGUUGCAUACUCGGAUUUGCCUCUUUCACUCCUACAUCAGUUGUGGGAGACCAAGGAAGGUUUCGACUCAGCACGAAGGGCUCAGGCCAUGCUGCAUCAGGGAUUCUUUGAAAGAACGGAGAGCCCCAACCUCCAACCACGACAGGUGACGGUGGGCCUUCGGAGUCGCCAAUGCCAGAUCCUGUACGAAGCCUUUGCGAAGCUGGCUGGGCUAGCAGUCUUGCAGCUCAUAGCCGCCAACAUGCACAAGGAAAGGCAGAAGCACGGCCGCGAAGCGGAGGAGGUCCGCAACCUGACGUGGCGCUACGGAGGGCAUGCCACAUGGAAUGCUGGGGGCUUUCUGGGGCCAGGGACUCCGACCAGAAACUAUCUCUUCCUGUCCCGUGCGAGCACAAUGUGCUGGCUCAGCGCAGAGGCAGAGGCGGCCUUCGAAGAUGGUCGUGCAGUCUUGAGUGGUGGAAGUGACCUUGACUUGCUUGGCUGCUGCCAGAACACCCUGUCCGCCGCAGACUGGACAGACGAUCCAAUUCGUCUGCGCCAGUUGGUUUUCCAAUUCGUCUUCGCCACCGUUUUGGGCAAGUAUGGCAAGGGCGGUAACCAGCUGCCCAAAGGAAAAGGCGGCAAAGCUGACAAAGGCAAAGGCAAGGGUGGCAAGCAGCCCGAAGGAAAAGGCAGCAAAGGUGACAAAGGCAAAGGCAAGGGUGGCAAGCCAGGUCACUAUCAAAGCGAGUGCUGGUACCGUGUCCAGCAAGUCCAGAAUGCCGGUAGUGAUUCAGCCAGCACAGUUGCGCCCAGCACAGUUGGUCCGUCUGCCUCGCAGGUUCAAGGUCCGAGUGCUGCCAAGAGUGUGAAUCGUGUGCAGCUUGAGUCGCCAAUUGAGAUUGACAUGACCGAGGAAGAGUUGUCCAUCCAGUAUUUUGACGUGCCUGCAGGUGUUCGAGCAGUCAAGUGCGCAGGUGCCGACGAGGAAAGAUGUGUGGGAGGCCAUGCAGCCGAGGGUUUGUUGGACUUUGGUGACCUUGUGAAGGUCCUAGCCCUUAACCCGCACGGGUCCCCUAAGCUUCCCAAUCUUCAGCCGGUGACCACACAUCUUGCAUGCACAGACUUGGAUGGAGAGUGGACAAUCUGUCACGGCGAAUGUCUUGAUGUGCAAUGCGCUGCACCCGACAAUGCUAGAGAGCCUUGCCCUGAAGAGUUGCCCCACCUUGCAGAGGCCAUCGAGGCUUUAGAUGCAGCCACAGCGGCCAGAAGUUUGUGUGCCGUGCAGCGUUCCAGCGGCGCGGCAGCGCACGCCGAGCCGGUCGACAUCGAGGUCGUUGUGGACUCAGGGUCCGAUGCUUCUUGCUUGCCGAUGAGCUGGGGAACGAUUGGGCAAUCCGGCGGUGCCGACUCCCAGUGGCACCGCGAUGCCCAAGGAAACCGCGUAUCAGGCCGAGAGAUGCGCACGGCCACGAUUGAGAUUGCUGGGGUGAAGUUUCGUGAGCAUUGGUUGCUUUCGAGUGUUACCCAGCCUCUCUUUUGUUUUGGCAAGCUUAUGACGCGAAACGGUUGGGACAUUAUCCAUGAUGCUGACAGGGUUCCGCACCUCACGGGCCCUGAUGCUAGAGUCUGCGUCCCACUGUUUUACAAGAACUACAGCUUGCGUGCAAAAGGUUUCAUCCAAGGAGUCACGGCCUCCGAGGCCGAUGGUCAGCCAGGCAUCAGAGCACUUGUUUCAGGCCCAUGGCUUGAGCUGUCUGAGGAAUUUCAUGAAGUUGCUCCUCUUGUGUAUGCCCGGCGGGACUUCAGCGAUUGCUUCGUUGAUUGUUCAGUGGCAUUGUCAGUGCCUCACCUGAGCCUUGGAGUGCAGUACCGCACCACGCUUGUGCAAGACGGUUCAAGUUGGGAUGUCAUCGAGUUGAAUCAGGAUCUGUCUUUGCUUGAACAGCCCGAAGCUGAGUUUGAGCCGAAGCAGACGCGGCAUGUGAUCACCAUUGCUUCUUGUGAUAAGAUCGAUGUUGAUGUGCUGUUCAAUCAGCGUGCAACCGGCCCGCCAGAGGCCGAGCAGGAUACAAACAUGUCCGAAGCAGGGCUUCCCGAGCUCCCUGCUGAUUCCCUUGAUGAAAUGCUUGAAGAUUCGCCGGCCGCAGGGAUUGGAGAGGUUGACCCAGGUGAAGCCCCCAUCGAUGCCGACGCAAGUGCAGCGCCAGACGACUCAGAUGCCCACACCGGUGCCUGCACUGCCAUCCCCACACCUGCCAAGGGAGGUUCGGUAGCUUUCCGGUUUUUAGUUGCCGAGCUUUGCAAGUUCAUCAGCUUUUGCGGUCAUUCCGAAGUCACCCUGCGAUCUGACGGCGAGCUCACUUGCCGAGCGCUGCAACAGGGUGUAAAGGGCUUUAGGGAUAAGCUUAAGCUUGUUACACAAGUCGAGAAGGACAGCCAUGAAGGCAAUCCAGCAGAGCAGGCAGUUGAGCAGCUCAGACAGUUGACCGGGACACUUUUGUCCCAGGUCGAGCAUGAAAUGGGCCAGAAAAUUUCAACGAUGUCCCCGAUCCACGCGUGGGCUUGGAAGCAUGCAGCAUGGUUGCACACCAGGUAUGCGCGGACCGAAGCGCACAGCCCCUUCGAGAUCAUCACCGGCAGACCAUAUCUUGGAAAGCUAGUGAAUUUCUGCGAAGUUGUGUAUGCCAGGGUGAAGUCUUCAAUCAAAGGGAAAGCCCGAUGGGUCAAGAUGAUUUCGCUUGGAAAGCUUGGAAUUUCAGAUUUGCAUUUUGGGGCCACCCAGGGAGGUUUUCUGAUUUCCAGCCGGAGUGUGCGGCGGUUGCCUAAGCAAUUUGACGCGAAUUUUCUUGAGUACGUUCAUGCCUUGGACACAAGUCUCGCCCAUGCUGCGUCCCGAGCCUUUGUGCCAGAUGACACUGCUUUGUCUGCAUUUCUUCCGCCACCUCCACUGCUGAUCUCGCCAGAGCCUCCGACCCCUUCACGAGUGAACCCUUCGCUUGGCCGAGCCACUGAGCCUGCCACACCGGCCGAUAUGCUUCCUGCGUUGUCACCUGUUCCGGAGUCUCCAGCGCCGAUGCUGGUUGAAGAGAGUGCAAGCGCUGGCGGGGACCACCUGCUGCCGCAAGCAGCAGCGAUGGAUCUGCUGCCAGCACUGGCGGAACAGUUCGCCCGGCACCUGUGCAGGCCGAGCCACCAGCCAGAAAGCGACUGA